AUGCGCCCAGCAGCUUCCAGCUCUUCGGAGGCACCGGGAAUAGCCUGGAGUAGAGCAGCAGCAGCAGCAGCAGCAGCAGUGGCUUCUUCUGCUACGACAGCAGCAGCUGCAGCAGCAGUAACAGCUGCAGCAGUAGCAGCAGCUGCUGCAGUAUUCAGUGCACUAGCAGCUGUAGCUGCUGUGGCUGCAGCAGGAAGAGCAGCAGCUGCAGCGUCUAUACCUGCAGCAGUUAACCUGCAGCAGGAACAGCAGCAGCACCUGCAGCAGCAGCACCUGCAGCAGCAGCACCUGUAG